AAAGCCCUCCUCUCCUCAUCAAUGUGGCGCUUCACUUCGCGUCCGUCUUCGCCGCUAUUGCUCACAAGCAGUUCUACUUAGGCUUCGUAAUCAGGGUUGUUUCGAGAGGGAUAGCGAAAAUGAGCACAGUCGACAAGAUGCUUAUAAAGGGAAUCCGGAGCUUUGAUCCGGAGAACAAAAAUGUCGUCACGUUCUUCAGGCCCCUAACCCUCAUUGUAGGCCCUAACGGCGCCGGAAAAACUACAAUCAUUGAGUGCUUGAAGGUGGCGUGCACAGGAGAGUUGCCACCCAAUGCUCGUUCCGGCCACAGUUUUGUUCAUGAUCCAAAGGUGGCAGGAGAGACAGAGACAAAAGGGCAGAUUAAGCUACGGUUUAAGACCGCGGCUGGAAAGGAUGUUGUCUGCAUUAGGUCAUUUCAGCUAACUCAGAAGGCCACUAAGAUGGAGUAUAAGGCCAUUGAGAGUGUGCUCCAAACCAUUAAUCCUCAUACCGGAGAGAAAGUUUGCUUAAGUUAUAGAUGUGCAGAUAUGGAUCGUGAAAUACCAGCUCUUAUGGGUGUGUCUAAGGCUAUUCUUGAAAAUGUGAUAUUUGCUCACCAAGAUGAGGCCAAUUGGCCACUGCAAGACCCGUCUACACUGAAAAAGAAGUUUGAUGACAUUUUCUCUGCUACUAGAUAUACAAAGGCUUUGGAGGUUAUUAAAAAACUUCACAAGGAUCAAUCACAAGAGAUAAAGUCGUUUAAACUCAAAUUGGAGAAUCUUCAAAUGCUGAAAGAUGCUGCCUACAAGUUAAGAGAAUGCAUUGCUCAAGACCAGAAGGAGACAAACAAACUGAAAAAUGAAAUUCAGGUGUUUGAGGGAGAGAUCCAGAACCUAGAUAGUAAGAUCGACUGUGUUAAAGGAACUUUAGAGGACCUAAGGAAAUUACAGGAACAAAUAACUGCAAAGACUGCUGAAAGAAGUGCUUUGUAUCAAGAGAAGCAGAGAAAGAAAGCUGCUUUAGAUUCUAAGAGUGAAGACACCGAUGAAGAUCUGCAGGAGUGGAAAGCCAAGUUCGAUGAGAAGAUUGCUCUUCUAGAGUCAAAAAUCAGCAAACUGCGUAGAGAAACGGAUGACUUGCUGUCUAAGCGUUCUUUCCUCCAGAUGGAUAUCAAAGGCUAUACGGGGGAGAUCUUGAAGCUUGAAAAUGAAGCUCAUACUCACAGGGCAUACAAGAAUCAGAGAGACACAUCUAUCAAGGAACUUUUUGAAAGAUAUAAUGUAGGUCCUGUUUCAACUAGUCAAUUCAGCGAUGAAGUUGCUCUGAACCUCAUGAACCGCUUGAGAUCGAGACUUUCAGACUACCAAAAGGAUUUGGAGGAUAAAAAGAAAUCAAACUCAGUGAUAGCUGCAUCAGUAUGGAGUCAGUAUGAGAAUGCACAUAGCCGUUGGAAUGAUAUGUCAGCCAAGAUAAAUGCUAAAGUAGAUACCAAGAAAGACUUUUUAAAACGCAUUGAAGAGAAGAAGAAUUUGCUUUAUAAGCUUGAACUUGAAAUAUCAGAUGUUAAUUUGGCUCACCUAGACGAGAGGGAACAGAAAUUGCAAGCGGAUUGUGAGAAAAAGAAUAAUCAAAUUGAAGAACGAGGAUUUGGGAAAUGCAUUAUGCUAAAGCAGAGUGAGAUAUACACCUUAGCUCCAAAAAUUAAUGACCUUAAACAUGAAAGAGACCGUAUAAGUGCCGAUUCCGAGGACAGAGUUAAACUCUCCCUUAAGAAGGUGGAAUUGGAAACCAAGAAAAAGAAACACAAGAAGAUCCUUGAUGAAUACAAGGAUAAAAUUAAAGUGGUGAUGAAAGGAAGGCUUCCUCAGGACAAGGAUUUGAAGAAAGAAGUUACACAGGUCCAGAGGACUAUGCACACAGAAUUUGAAGACCUGAGUGCAAAAGCUAGUGAAGCAGAGAAGGAUUUAAAUAUGGUGCAGAUGAAAAUUGAAGAAGCUAACAAUAACUUGUAUAAAAUUAACAAGGAAGCAGAAUCAAAGAAAAGAUAUGUUGAAUCAAAACUCCAGUUGAUUGACCCAGUGGCCACUAGUAUUGACAAUUACCUUAAACUUUGGAAUUCGGUGAAGGAGAAAAGUGAGACCCUAAAAAGCAAACAUUACCAUGAAGGUGGUAUGCAGUCAAUGUUUGGGUCAUUUGAAAAUUAUGCUCGCAACCAUCAUAUUUGCCCGUGUUGUGAGCGCCUUUUCUCUGCUGAAGAGGAAGAUGAUUUUGUUAAAAAGCAACGGGUGAAGGGUGCAAACACUGCUGAGCAUUUGAAUCAAUUGGCCAUGGAGUCUUCACGAGCUGAUUCUCAGUUCCAGCAAUUAGACAAUCUCAAUGUGACUUAUAAAGAGUACAUCAAAAUUAGAGAGGAAUCAAUUCCUAUAUUAGAGAAGAAGUUGAGUGAGCUCAACACAGAGUUGGAGACAAAAAACCAAGCUCUUGAUGAUGUGUUGUGUGUCAUGGCUCAGAUAAAAGAAGACAAGAGCUUAGUGGAUGCCCUAAGUCAACCUGUUGAAAAUGCUGAAAGGCUUUUACUUGAAAUACAAGUUUUGGAAAGAGAGGUUGAUGAUUUGGAAUACAAGCUUGAUUCCCGUGGGCAGGGUGUCAAAUCCAUAGAGGAAAUCCAAUCAGAGUUGAACGCAUUGGAGACCAAGAGGGAGUCUUUGCACAAUGAGGUAGAAAAGCUAAGGGAAGAGCAGAGGUACAUGGAAAAUGAUCGCAACAGUGCACAAAUUAGAUUGGCUGCCAUCAGGGAAGAAAAAGUUAAAUCAGCUUCUGCUUUGCAAAGUGUAGAGACCGUACAAAACGAAUUGGAACAGUUGGUAGAAGAGAAAAGUCAAGUUGAGCUUGAUGAAAAGGAUGGCUUAUAUUUCUUACCAGUAUUUGUUAUACCCGAGCCUAGCCCCAUGAAACUCUCACUCACGCCUUACACUAUCAUAAGAACCAAAGGACUUAUAUUCAAAUAUUAUGAUCCAUUUUAGUUGAAUUCAAAUGGUCCUUAAACCCGAAAGGCCAAAACAACCUCCGUUUGACCCGAGGGUUCUGUGGUCUACUCCCAUUUCAGUCCAAACCAUCCCAAAACAUCCAAAAUAUUUCCUUUUCAAAAUAAAGUUUUUCCUACUCUUAUUUUAGCCAUGGCCGAAAAUAAGAGUGUAUAAACCAAAACCUUUUUGUUUGUUGUUAUUUUCCUUCUUUUAAGCCUUUUAAUAAACCAGUAAAACCCUCUCUUCCUUCCUUUCAUUCCCUGCCCAAAUAAACCUCACAAUCCCAACACAACACCGACAAAGAGCCAAAACCAUGACCCACCUCCAGCCCCUACUUCCUGCCCAUGUUUUCCCUCACAGUAACCCAAAGCCAUAACUCCAAAAUACCCAUAAAUAAUACCCAGCCCUGUCCCCUUUUAAUGACCAAAAACAACCCCUCUUUUAUUCCCCAACAUUGACCAACCAUUGUCCCCCUUGUGUCUCCCACCUAGGCUGAAUAAACAAUAACAAAAGGACAAAAGACUUUUGUGAGUUUAUUGACACUCCACCCACCAAAUCAGUCCCCACAUACCUUCCAUGAAUGACCCAAUAUAAGGCCAAUAAAACCAACCCCUUUGUCCCCCAUUAUUUCCCAAGAAUCAUCACUUAUUUCCUUGUGAUUUUCCUCACUAAAGGACAAGCCACCAGCCAUGAAAAUCAAAGACCAAAUCCCUGAUUUCAUUCCAUUAAGAAAACAUAAACAAAUGGAUAUUAUUCUUGUGAUUUGUGAGUGGAUGUUUCAGGGAAGUUUCCCCCCUAUGUGUGUGUAUUUAUUUCGGCCUUAGGCCUUUUUGUGAGACUCACAUUGUAAUUCCAUUUUCCAUUUAGUAAUACACUUGUUGUGUUUGCUAUUUAAAUUCCUAAAUCUAUAUCUUAAGAGUGGUUAUCUUAAGUGUGAGUUUUAGGUUCUAGAUAUUUGAUUAAGUGUGUCAUAUCUUAAUUAAAUUCUAGAUUCAAAC